AUGCCAACAGGAACCGGCAAAACUGUGUGUCUUUUAUCUUUGAUUCUAUCUUACAUAAAAGCUAAAAAGCCAAAUUAUAAGCUGAUAUAUUGCACUCGUACCAUUGUUGAGAUGGAAAAGACUCUAGAAGAAUUGAAAUUCAUUCUAGACCAGAGAGACUAAGACUUUUCUAGUGAGAGCAUGGAUGAUGGCGUCUUUUCAGAAUAAGAAAUGGAAGCUUUAAAGUCACCAGUAUUGGCUCUAUGUCUAAGCAGCAGAAGAAAUAUGUGUAUUCAUAAGGAGGUAUCCAAGGAUGACGAUAGAGAAAGAGUGGAUAGCAAGUGUCGUCAGUUGACAGCUUCCUGGGUCAGAGAAGAAGCUUUGCAAAAAAGAAGUUAAGAUAACCUGUUUUUACAGACUGAAGCAACUGGAGGGAAAAUGAUGACUAACUUGGUUACAGACAUCGAAGAUUUAUACAAGAAUAAUAGACUGUGCUAAUUCUAUGAGAACUUCUGGAACAAGGCUGACUCGUUUAGUAUUCCUAAGGGAGUAUACACCUUGGAUGAUUUAAGGCAAUUUGGAGGAAAAAACAAAAUGUGUCCAUACUUUUUGGCCCGUCACUUUCUGCUUCAGGCAAACAUUAUAGUCUAUAACUAUGCCUAUAUGCUAGAUCCCAAGAUUAGCAAUCUAGUCAGUAAGGAAUUGCAAAAGGAAUGCGUUAUUGUGUUUGAUGAGUGUCACAACAUAGAUAACGCUUGCAUCGAAGCCUUCAGUUUAAAUAUCAACAGAAAGACAUUAGAACUUGCCAGCAAUAAUCUUAGAAGGCUAGAGGAAAUGGUGAAAGCAGAGAAGCAGUCCAGUACUUCAAGACUUUAGCAAGAGUAUGAGAAGCUAAUUAAAGGAUUGGUAUUUGAGAAUAAUCAGACUAUUAAUCUAUCCGAGAAAGAAUUGCUCUCUCAUCCCUUAUUGGAGUAAGAUGUGCUUAAGGAGGCAGUGCCUGGUUCUAUAAGAAAGGCUGAGCACUUUAUAAAUUUUUUAAGAAGAAUCAUUGUGUGCUUGAAAGAAGAGUUGAAAUCUAGAGAGGUGAAGAUUCAGACUCCCCUAUAACUAAUGUAUACCUUUUAGGAUAAGUAUUUCCUUGACCAGAGAUCUUUGAAGUUUGCUCAUGAUAGGUUAUCAUCUCUGAUGAACACUUUAUAGAUUGCCGCUGUGGAUGAAUUCUAGCCUAUAAACAUAGUAGCAGAUUUCGCCACUCUCCUAUCAACUUACUACAAGGGCUUCACAGUGAUAAUAGAGCCCUAUCCUUAGGAUAACAUGAUUUAUGACCCUCUGCUUUAGUUCUACUGUCUUGAUGCAAGUAUAGCAACAAAGCCACUAUUCGCUAGAUUUAGAAACGUUAUCCUUACUAGUGGAACUAUUUCACCUCUUGAAAUCUAUCCUAAAAUGCUUGACUUUUAACCAAAAGUUAUGAAGGCAUUCAAAAUUUUCCUACCGAGAAAUGCUAUUUAGCCUCUUAUAGUAACCAAGGGUGUGGAUUAGCUAUAAAUCUCAUCUAAAUUUGAUGAAAGAGAGAAUCAAGGUAACAUUAGAAACUAUGGAAACCUUCUUAUUGAGCUGUCCUCCGUAGUGCCUGAUGGCAUAGUCUGUUUCUUCACCAGUUAUAAGUAUAUGGAACAUAUCAUCAUUAAAUGGGACGAAAUGGGAAUUCUUUAAAAGGUAAGAGAAAACAAACUCAUCUAUAUCGAGACUAAGGAUCAUUUUGAAACUAUUCUUGCUCUUGAAAACUACAAAUAGGCUUGUGAUAAUGGAAGAGGAGCAGUCUUCUUUUCCAUAGCCAGAGGAAAGGUCUCUGAGGGAGUUGAUUUUGCUGGCCACUAUGGACGUUGUGUGAUCAUGUUUGGUAUUCCUUAUCAAAACACUCUCAGUAGGAAUCUGAAAGCAAGAAUGCAAUUUUUGAAGGAAAACUUCGCAAUCAGAGAAAAUGACUUCCUGACUUUUGACGCAAUGAGACAAUGCUCUUAAUGUGUAGGAAGAGUACUCAGAAGUAAGUAUGAUUAUGGGUUGAUGAUAUUUGCGGACAAGAGAUAUUCUAGAAGCGAUAAGCAGGAUAAAUUCCCCAUUUGGAUUAGAGAUUAGCUGACACUUGACAAUCAAAAUAUAUCAGUGGACAUUGCGAUUAAUAAGGCUAAUAGUUUCUUCAAGGAAAUGGGCCAGCCUUUCAUAAUGCCUUUGUCCAUGCUAUAUAACAGCGAUUAAUUAAUGAAAAUGAACUAGCAGAUUAUGGCAAAGAAAAGCAGUCAAAGUAAGCACAUAAGUAAUGGAGUGAUCCAAGCUACCACUGGAGCAAUGUAAAUGAUAUAAAUCAAUAACGAUUUUUGA